GCACUCGUGAGGAGCAGCAACUGUUAUUUACGACCCCGAUUUUGUUCUUCCAGUUCCGAUUAGGAGUUCUUAAAUUAUUGAAUUACCUAGUCCACAAAUUAUUGAAUUACCCAGUCCAGAACUGUAUCCCGUGAACGAUCCGGGUACCUUUGGCAAGAGAUCGGCCUGAAUUUGAUACUUCUCGCUCUAAUUCGGGAACUUCCUUCAAUUCUCCAAUGCCGAUGGAUCAAGCCGAGUUAACUACCGAGCAGGUUCUCAAGAGAGACAUCCCAUGGGAGACAUACAUGACAACUAAGUUGAUAACAGGAACUGGCCUUCAGCUGUUAAGGCGAUAUGAUAACAGAUCAGAAAGUUAUCGAGCUGCACUAUUGGAUGAUGAUGGUCCAUCAUAUGUUCGGGUGUUCAUUAACAUAUUACAUGACAUAUUCAAGGAGGAAACAGUAGAAUAUGUUCUGGGUUUAAUUGAUGAAAUGCUUAUGGCAAAUCCCAAAAGAGCCAGAUUAUUUCAUGACAAGUCUCUUGCAAAUGAAGAUACUUAUGAACCUUUCUUAAGAUUGCUGUGGAAAGGUAACUGGUUCAUACAGGAAAAGAGCUGUAAGAUACUUUCUUUGAUAGUGAGUGCCAGGCCAAGAAACCAGGAGUUUGUCACUGCUAAUGGAGAAACAUCAUCCAAGAAGCAAUUGCAAUUGACUACCAUUGAUGAUGUUUUGAAGGGGCUGGUGGAAUGGCUUUGUGCGCAGCUGAAAAAUCCUUCUAAUCCUAGUCGUGGCAUCCCUAUUGCAAUCAAUUGCCUGGCAACAUUACUGAAGGAAUCCAUGGUGAGGUCUUUGUUCGUUCAAGCUGAUGGGGUGAAGCUACUCAUUCCUCUAAUUUCACCAGCAUCCACUCAACAAUCUAUCCAGCUCCUUUAUGAAACAUGUCUCUGUGUUUGGCUCUUGUCUUAUUAUGAACCUGCAAUCGAAUACUUGGCUACUUCUAGAGGCCUUCCAAGAUUAAUAGAUGUUGUGAAGGGUUCCACAAAGGAGAAGGUUGUCAGGGUGGUUGUGUUGACCCUCCGGAACUUACUUCCCAAAGGGACUUUUGGUGCUCAUAUGGUAGACCUUGGGCUGCCACAAAUUGUUCAGAGUUUGAAAGCACAGGCUUGGAGUGAUGAGGACCUGCUGGAGGCUCUAAAUCAACUUGAAGAAGGGCUCAAGGACAAUAUUAAGAAACUUAGUUCUUUUGAUAAGUACAAGCAGGAAGUCCUCCUCGGCCAUCUUGACUGGUCUCCGAUGCACAAAGAUCCUAUAUUUUGGCGUGAAAACAUUACAAGCUUUGAAGAAAAUGAUUUCCAGAUUCUAAGGGUCCUUAUUACAAUUUUGGACACAUCUAGUGAUGCAAGGGCUCUAGCUGUAGCUUGCUUCGAUCUGUCCCAGUUUAUUCAGCAGCACCCUGCCGGGCGUGUCAUAGUGACGGACCUCAAGGCCAAGGAGCGGGUGAUGAAGUUGAUGAACCAUGAGAACGCUGAGGUGACGAAAAACGCCUUGCUCUGUGCCCAGAGGCUUUUCCUUGGUGCCAAGUACGCGAGCUUUUUGCAAGUUUAAAUACUUGUGCAAAUUUGGAUAUUUAGAACUCGUUGUUUGACCGGAAUUCGUUCUAUAUUGGCUUUUUGAAUUGAGAAAGCGCAGAGCUGGCUCUGCAGUAACUAAAAAACUGUUUUAUUUAUGAGACACUCAGAGUGGUGCAUCAUCUAGGGGUUAUCUUGUAAGCAGGUAUUUGUUGUGAAUGUAAUCAGGAAUAAUAAUUUCUUUCUACAAAAUUUGCGGAAUAAAUAAAUGCUUGUAUCUUGAAAA